AUGGCCAAUUCGGAGCUCGUCAUUUUGUGGGGUGAUGCGGAAACGGUGGAAAAGCUAAAGCCCCAUCUCCUCCAUUCCCACAACUUCUCUUCUUCAUCCGAUCCACAUUGCUUUGAUUGUUUAAAUAUGAUUCCUCGUGGAGCGAAAUUCGUGGAAAAACCGCUGGAAAAUGGUUUUUUUCUCGAUUCCCUUAACGAAAAGGACGCUAAUUUUGUAGCCUCAAAGUGGAGAUAUUCAGCAAAAGAUGAAGCUCAACGGAUAAAACACCGUAUUCAUGAUCUUCCAUCAAUUUGCAUUCGAUCCAAAUCCGAUAAUUCUUUGAUUGGAUGGGUGAUGGUGGAUCAUCGGGGAAUGGUACAACAUCUACAUGUACUGCCUGAGUAUCGGGGAAAAGGAAUACGAUCGAUUUUGAUGGAGAAAAUCGGUGAAAAAGUCUAUGAAAAUCCGAUGGGAAUCAAACCAUUCUAUUGUGUGGAUGAGGAGAAUGAUGUGAUGAUGAAAUGGAUACCGAAAGGACAUUGGGUUCUCAAUUCCUCGGGCGCUCAUCAAAAGAUCCUCUUCACUGCGAUUUAUCCAAGAAAA